UACAGAAGAAAGUAUGCUUUGACAUAGUGCACAUUCUUUGUGGGUAUUUAUCCUCAUUUCAAAACUGAACUGAGUCUUGCCUCAAAACAAUUAAAUUCCUUAGUAUCAAAAAUAUCUCGUCUCCAUCAUGGGCAAUUACCUGAGCAAACCGAAGGGCGAGACAGGCGCCAAAAAAAACAUCGGCUUUCGGCAAUUCCUAAGAGUCUACAAGCGGAAGCACUCGCAGAUGUCGCCGGGCCAGUGCAACGUAGAGGCUGCCCGGGCCUGGGGAAAGCUCUCCCCAGCUCAGAAGAUGAGAUUCGUCCGUUCGGCCAGCCCAUAUACCGGCAGCAAGGCUAGGGCCAGGCAUUGCCUCAACAAGGAGACCAAAAAUGCCGUCAACAUUCUCAAAUCUGCGUCAAGUCCUCCAGACUUGGAUUAAAACGAAGACUCUCCGAGCGUGAGCUAAACGAGCAAGGACUCAAAUGCCAGGAUGCCAGGAAGUGGCCCUACCACUGGACCUACCACUGGUCCAUUGCACCUGUUCGUCGCCGGGAAUGCUCAAGGAACACCGCAAUAGAAAUUCUACCAAAUAAAACACGCUAUUCGCAAUAAA